AUGUCCUCCCAGCCUACCUCGGAGCCGCUGCAGACAUACGAAAUCUCCGACUUCAAAUUCCACAGUGGCUCCACGCUACCCAAGCUCAACCUGGCCUACAAAAUUCUCAAUCCCCACAACUCCAAGAUUGCAGUCGUGCAUACCUGCUUCCACGGCCGCAUCAAUGGGACCUUGACACACGCCAAUGCUGCGUUGAAGAACCACAAAAUCAUCCUCAUCGCACUGCUUGGCAACGGCGAGUCAUCAAGCCCCUCAAAUACACCAAACUUUCCCGCCCAGAUUGAAUACAUGGACUGCGUCAAUGCCCAACACCAACUUCUCACCCACGGGCUUGGCAUCAAAGAGGUCGAUGUCAUGAUGGGGUUUUCCAUGGGAGGCCAAAUCACCUACCAUUGGCUGGUCAUGCAUCCCGCUUUCAUCAAGCAUGCAGUCAUCGUGUGCUCUGCCGCCAAGACCAGCCGACACAACUACCAGUUUCUCGAGGGCCCAAAGGCGGCAUUGCAGCAUGCAGCCAGUCCAGAGAGGGGCCUCAGGGCUUUUGGGAAAGCGUACUCAGCCUGGCUGACGAGCGCCGAAUGGUUUGACGAGGAAUGCUACAAGAAAAUGGGUUUUGAGCAGCUCCGUGACUGGGACCAUGUGACCACCAUUCAGGGCUACCAAGACUGGACGGGCCAUGACUUGCUGGCCAUGCUGGGCAUGUGGCAGCGGGGGGACAUUAGUCGAUGCACAAAAGACGGCGACCUCGACUCUGCACUCAAGAGUAUCACGGCCAAGGUCCUCUUAAUGCCGUGCGACAUGGACCAGUACUUCCGGCCCUAUGUCAGCCAGCACGAAGUCAAGAGUCUGCAGGACGGCAUCGUGGAGGUGAUUCCUAGUAUCUGGGGCCACAUUGCGGGGGGCGGAGCGAACCAGAAGGAUACCGAGUGGAUGGAUCACAGGAUCAAACUGUUCUUGCGUCGUCUCGUGUAG